CAUUUACACUCCAUUCGUUCAGAAACAACACAAGAAUUUUUACGGGAAGUUACGGUUUUUAUGUUCACAUAGUUUUGACAUGGUAGUGGUUAAAUAAAUAUAACGAAAAUGCAAUUAUUACAAUACAUUAUUAGAUAGAUAAAUUUACGUUAUUAAUUAAAAUAUUCUCGUUAUCUUUUUGAACGUUUCGAAUUAUAUCUUAGAAUGCAUUUCGUGCACAUUUUCGAACGUAGCUACAUGACGUUGUUGAUCCACUUAAAAUUCCGCGCCGAAUCCACUUGAAUAUGAAUUUUUUGAAGUGGAGUUUGAAACUGUGAAACUAUUUCAUUACUUGGCUGCAUUCCAAAUAGUUCGAAGUCAGUUAAUUUUUACAAAAUAUUUUUUGUUUAUCAACAAGAAAAAUAUAUAUCAUGGCGUAAGUGUUUUUAGUGUUUUUCUACAUAUAUUGUGUGCUAAAAAAAUGCUAUAUUAAAUUAAUGUAAGACUUAAUUAUUUUAAUUAAAUCGCAGAUCAACUUCUGCUGAAAAUUCUCACACACGUCGUCGCGUAACGUACCGGCAGUUAGAAAUUCUGUGGGAAUUUUUAAAUUCCAAUAAGGACGUGGCUGUCGGUUUUAAUAAAUCUGCCCAAGCGCGAGAAUACGCAAAACGUAUGUGGGAAGAAGUCGCAGAAGCAUUAAAUUCAUUGGGAGAAGGAGCUUUUAAAGACUGGAAAGGAUGGUCAAAUUAUUGGGUGGAUUAUAAAGCUAAAUUAAAAAGAAGAGUUGCUGCAGUACGUCUGUCUCAAAACCGUACUGGAGGUGGACCUUCGAAUGUUCCACCCUUGGAUGCACUAGAACAAAAGUUCUUGAGCAUUUUAGGGGCAGGUUUCGGUUCGGGCUUGAGUAAUGUACAAGUCGACCCAUUUCCAAACAUACCAAGUACUAGUGGCACUGCAUUGAGAUCAGAACCUCUGGACACCGACUCUGAUGCAGUAAUGAUUGAGAUCACUGCAUCAGAGUCAGAGUCCAGAGGAGACAUACAUAUAACAACUAUAGAUACACAAAACACAGGAACUGAAGAGCUUCCACAUCCUCAAAUAGAAGAAGUUCCUACAGAAGCCCCUCCGUCUCGCCCGACACGUCGUAGACCAAGACAACAGAGAACUGUUAGCAUGGAGGCAGCAAGGAAUGCUUUAAUAGAUGUUGCAAGGUCACGACUAGAAGAAUAAAGAAGACAGACAGCUAUUAUGGAGCAAAUGCUCAAUACAUUAAAUAGGAUAGCUGAAUCAAUUAACAGAAGCUCGAGAACUCCAGAGGCGAGAAACGAGGGCGCGCCUGGCAGCUAAACCUUCAUUUAAUUCUACACUUGAAGACUGAGACAGAUCAUGAUUAAUAACAUGACAGAAGAACAUAAAUCUUAAGUUAUUAAAAUUGUAUAUGAAAUAAGUAUAUUAGUCAAAUAUUUAAUUAUAAGUGUGAUGUAAAUUAUAUGUAUUAAUAAUAAAAUUAUUGUUUAAUGUGUUUUAUAAGUUAGUAUAAUGUAUAUUUAACAUAACUGUAAAUUUUAAUUUUUGUUUUAUAAAUGUAAUAAAGCUCAUAUGAAUUAAUUUAGUACAUUUAUAUAUAAUCACAAAAUUAAAUAUUGGUGUGUAUAAAAUUUAAUGUAGUGUAAUUGAAAUCAACAAGCAUCAAACAUAAUAAAUUAACAUACCAACUGUACAUUUAGCGAAUGAUACUGUUUUCUACAGUAGUAUCUCUCCUCGUUCUCAGUUGGGCGUACAAUUGCAACAUGUGUACAAUCGAUACACCCCAACACUCCUGGCAUUCCAAAUUUAUUAUAAAAUCUAUAACAAAUUAUUAGGUUCAUUCUUUAAUAAUUCCUUUUGAAAAUACUUUUUUCAUUACAAAAUAUUUUCUAGUAUGUUUAUAAGAAAAGCUAUUAUUAUAAAGGAGAUGUGUUCAGUAAUAAUGGAUAGAAGGAAUAGCUUGUAUUAAUAAAUCUUAGUUAUUUUUGUGGAGGUUAA